AUGCCGGAGCUGUGCAGGGGAGACAGAGUGGCGAGCAGUGGUUGCCAAGGAGCACCUGCUUCCUGGCCGCCGGCGGUCUCCAUGGAGACGGCGCACGCCAGAGCGCGCUGCUCGGAGUGGCUGUACAAGGGCUCGACGGCGCAGGGCGUAGAGUGCGGGACGCGAGCCGAGCGGCCGCGGACGCUCCGCCGCCUGCGCAGCGUGUACGAGGGAGGCGGCGCCGGAGGCGGCGUCGGGGGCGGCUCCGGGGGCGCCGCGGACGCCGGGGCUACCGCCAACGGCCGCGCCUCUGGCGAAGACGCUGACAAGCCCAGUGCCGGCUCGCUGUCCAUCUUGAGCCCGUUCGACGAGCAGGAGGAGUGGGCUAAGAUCUCGGAGAUCAUGGCCUCGUUUGGCACCGGGCUCGUCCGCGAGUCCGUCUUCGUCAGCGAUCUCGAGAAGGAGUUUCAGAGCAGGCUCGGCCUACACAGCCCGGGCGGCGUGCAGACGCCGGUCGGCGAGUGGCUGGCCUCGCUGGGGUUGGCCGGCUACGAGCCCAUGUUCCUGUCCAGCGGCUACGACGACAUCGACUUCAUCAACGGCGUGCUGGAGGAGCGCGACCUGAAGGAGAUGGGCGUGGACAGCGAGCGCGAGCGCGCGACCAUCCUGCGCGCGGCGCAGUCGCUGCCGUGCCGCGUGCCCGCGGUCGCCGCCGCCGCCGCCGCCGCGACGCCGCCUCCGGGCGCCGCCCCCGGGGGCCCCUCCGGCGAGGUGGACGCGUGGCUGUCGUCGCUGCGGCUGGACUGCUACCGCGACACCUUCCGCCGCCACCUCUACUGCGACAUGGCGCGCGUGCGCCGCGUCUGGGAGGUGGAGCUGUCCGCCGUGCUGGACAUCGGCCGCGUCGGGCACCGCCGCCGCAUGCUCGCCUCCGUGGGCGGCGCCAGGCCGCCAGACCUCGAGGGCCUCAGCGCAGACCUCGACCAGCUGAAGAGCAACAUCCAGCAGCUGAAGGACGAGAUCCGCGAGAAGCUGCCGGCGUCGGCCGCCUCCGCCUCCGCCCCCGCGCCGCCGUGCGGCACGCUGGGCCGCCCCCGCAAGGCGCGGCCGGCGCCGCAGCCGCCGUCCGACCUGAGCAUCCGCGAGCCGGCGCAGCUGCUGGUCGGCGUGCCCUCGGCGCUCACCACGCGCUGGCGCCACCGGCCGCACGCGCUCGUCUCCGGCGCCGUCACCUACGUCGCCAACUACCUGGGUUCGACGCUGGUUAAGGAAUUGCGUGGCACCGAGUCGACCAAGAAGUCCAUCCAGAAGCUGAAGAAGACGCCACGGGAGUCUCGUACCACGCCCGACAUUGCGCUGUGCAUCUCGUACCGCGGCGUCAAGUUCCUCAACACCGUCACCAAGGAGCUGGUCUGCGAGCACGAGAUUCGCAACAUCCACUGCGCCUGCCAGGACGCGGACGACAUGACGCACUUCGCCUACAUCACCAAGGACCACGGCAGCUCCAGCCACUUCUGCCACGUCUUCUGCGUCGACACCAUGGACCAGGCGACGGAGGUGAUCCUGACGCUGGGCCAGGCGUUCGAGGUGGCCUACCAGAUGGCGCUGCGCGACCAGCUGACUCCGCAGCACAACCACCACCACCACCCGCACCACCACCACCACAAGCAGCAGCCGCACCUGCAGCAGCAUCACCACAACAGUGCCGGUGUCAAUUCUAACAACAACAACAAUAAUAACAAUAACAACAACAACGGGCACACCCGGUCGCAGUCGGCGUCGCAGCCGCCGGCGUCGUUGGCGGUGCAGCCUCCGCCUCAAGGCCACUCGCGUUCUCACUCGGCCAACGACAUCAAGGUGGGCGCGUCGCCCCACGCCGCCCCCGCCGCCGCUUCCACCCCCGGCGCGACCUCUCCCGCCCCCGAAGCCCUGGCCGAGGAGCUGUAG